AAAAUCGAUUAGUAGCAUAAACUAUAACCAACCCACUCACUAAUCACUAUUGAGUAGUCGUCGGUUACUUACUUACUUGGUGUUGUUGUAAUGGCUCCCGAUGCUGCCGCCGCCGCCGGUGGAAAGAAGAGAAAACGCUAUCUUCCUCACAACAAACCAGUGAAAAAGGGUUCGUAUCCAUUGCACCCUGGUGUUCAAGGGUUUUUCAUCACUUGCGAUGGUGGAAGAGAACAUCAAGCCUCUCGUGAAGCUCUCAAUAUUCUCGAUUCUUUUUAUGAAGAGCUAAUUGAUGGGGACCAUCCAAGUGCUAAAGAGUUAUCCAAUAGGCCUUUAUAUAAAAAAAUUACGUUUGCAGAUUCUGACUCUUCCAGUAGUGAUGAUGAUGAUGAGGAGGAGGAGGAAGAGGAGAAGGAGCAGGUGCCUGAAGGAGUUGAGGAAAAGGAGGACAAAAAGCCUAAACUGGAUGUUUGCAAUACCGACAAUACCAGCCAUGAUAAUGAAACAGGUGAAAAAACAGAUAAUCAUAAAAUUGAUGAUCUGCAUGCUCAGGCUGGGGAUAAAGCUAAUGAUGAUAAAGGAGACGUUGACAGUCCUAAGACCACAAAAGAGACAGCUGAUGAGCUACCAGCUGUGAAACAGUGCUGCAAAACAAAUGUGCCAACAAGUGAUUUGGGUGAAAAGAAAGUGGAAGAGAAGUCCAUUGAUAAGUUAAUUGAAGACGAACUCGUAGAACUGAGAGACAAGAGUAAGAAACGCUUUGCCAAGCUUGAAUCAGGCUGUAAUGGUGUGGUAUUUGUUCAAAUGCGGAAGAAAGAUGGAGACAAAAGCCCCAAGGAUAUUGUUACCCGGAUAGUAACAUCAGCAGCAUCGACUAGGAAACACAUGUCCAGGUUUAUCUUGAGAAUUCUGCCAAUCGAAGUCUCGUGUUAUGCUUCAAAGGAGGAAAUUUCAAAAGCAAUCAUACCUCUUGUGGAGCAGAACUUUCCCGUGGAAACUCAAAAUCCACAAAAGUUUGCUGUGCUGUAUGAGGCCCGGGCAAAUACUGGUGUUGACCGGAUGGAAAUAAUUGAUGCUGUGGCAAAGUCGAUUCCUGCACCUCAUAAAGUUGAUCUCAGCAAUCCUGAUAAAACCAUAAUAGUAGAAAUUGCCAGGACUGUGUGCUUGAUCGGGGUCAUUGAGAAGUACAAGGAACUCUCCAAGUACAAUCUUAGGCAGUUAACAUCACAUAAAGGAUGAGUCUUCCAGACAGUCUGUAUGCUUGUUGUUGUCGCAAAAUUAAUACAUUGACGUAUUUUUACUUGCAUCAAGUUUAGAUUUAGCAAGUCCUUUAAAUGUAAUCCAGUUCUCACAAUUCGAACAAGAAAUUCAUAUGCAGAACAAUACUACGCACAAAUGCCAUUUAGUUUAUUACUUUCAAA